AUGGAUGCCCACGUGGACCUCCUGACAGAGCUGCAGCUGCUGGAUAAGGUGCCCACGCUGGAGAGGCUGCGGGCAGCCCAGAAGCGGAGGGCUCAGCAGCUGAAGAAAUGGGCACAGUAUGAGAAGGAGAUGCAGCACAAGAAGCGGAAGCAUGAAAAGAAGAGAAAUGCUGUUAACCGAAAGAAAGUGUCUUUUGAAGCCAGCGUUGCUCUGCUGGAGGCUUCUCUGAGGAACGACUUGGAGGAAGUGUGUUACUUGCUGAAGAGCAACAUCAGCCCAGACCUGUGCAAUGAAGAUGGAUUAACUGCGCUGCAUCAGUGCUGCAUAGACAACUAUGAAGAGAUAGUCAAGCUUCUCCUCAACCACGGGGCCAACGUCAACGCAAAGGACAACGAGCUGUGGACUCCGUUGCAUGCAGCAGCUACAUGUGGUCAUAUCAACCUAGUGAAGAUCCUCAUCCAGCAUGGAGCAGACUUGUUGGCAGUGAACGCAGAUGGCAACAUGCCAUAUGACCUCUGUGAAGAUGAGCCAACUUUGGAUGUCAUUGAGACUUGCAUGGCCUAUCAAGGAAUUACACAGGAAAGGAUCAAUGAGAUGCGGGCUGCUCCAGAGCAGGUCAUGAUCUGUGACAUUCAUGACAUACUUGCGACUGGACAAGACCUGAACAGGACUGAUGCCCAAGGUGCUACACUGCUGCAUAUAGCUGCAGCCAAUGGUUAUCUGCAUGCAGCUGAAGUCCUUCUUGACCAGGGGGCGAGCCUGGAUGUCAAGGACUGGGAUGGCUGGGAACCUCUUCAUGCUGCUGCUUUCUGGGGACAGAUGCAGAUGGCUGAGUUGCUUGUGUCCCAUGGGGCUAGUUUGAGUGCCAGGACAUCUUUGGAUGAAAUGCCAAUAGAUCUGUGUGAAGAGGAGGAAUUCAAAGUACUACUUCUGGAGCUGAAACACAAACACGAUGUGAUCAUGAAGUCUCAGAUGAGGCACAAAUCCUCCCUGAGUCGAAGGACCUCCAGCACUGGCAGCCGUGGGAAGGUGGUGAGGAGGGCCAGCCUUUCGGACCGAACAAACCUUUACAGGAAGGAGUGCGAGAAAGAGGCCAUCAUCUGGCAGCAACUGGGGGCAGCAGAAGAAGGAAGGAACUCGGGUCUCAUUGGAGAAAUUGGGGAGACUCGGUCUGACCAGGAGAAUACAGACCCCAAUUCAGUGCUGGAGAACUCUUCCCUCCUUCCGGAGCUAGCAAACAAAAGCACCCAGUGUGACUCUGAAAUCCCCCUCCAGAAUGGACUCAUGGCAUCUGCCAGCACUUACCAGUACACCUUUUCCAAUGGGGACAUUUGGAGUAUGCACGCCGACCCUGACAGUAAUCCAGGCCACAUGCUGCCCUAUGGCAACCCCGGGCUCCCUGACACCCAGCAAUUUUGGGGUGCCUACAAGGAGCAUAACCACCAAACCCUCUCCGAACUUAAGCGGCAGCGGGCUGCAGCCAAACUCCUCAAUCACCCUUUCCUCAGCACCCACUUUGGCAGUGGCAUGGGAGGAGUUGCUGAGAAUGGGGGUGAGGCCAAGUCGCACCUAAUCGCAUCCAGGACUUCUCCCUACAGCUCCAAUGGGACCUCAGUGUAUUACACAGUGUCCAGUGGUGAUCCACCCCUCUUGAAAUUCAAAGCUCCCAUGGAGGAAAUGGAAGAGAAGGUGCAUGGGUGCUGCAGAAUUUCCUAGUGUCAUCUGUUUCUCACCCCAGAGGAAACAAGACGUGGGUGGGCUGGCUGGAUCUAUCGCAGUGGCCAGGUUGUUUGCAUUCCAAAGGGAGAAUUUGGUUAUGGACAGCCUGACUGUGGCGGCCUCGUUCAUCUUGAAUUGUACUUUACCCUGCCAAUUACUUCCAUUGCAGCUGAAUGAGUAAUGCUGGUGGAGCAACGCUCUUAGGAGAGGAAGGGAUGCGCAUUAAUAUGAUGUAAAAAGAGUCUCCCUAGUCUUGCUCUCUAGGGAAAAAAGUAUGGUGCAUUGCCUCCCCAUCCUUGGGAAGUCAUGAGAUGCCUUGGAACAAAGAAAGGAUCUGAAUUAAAAUCUUUGCAUCUGAGCCUCUUGCUGUAAGUCACCAAGCUUCUGGAAGGUGACAGUUCAGACCUGAAUUUUCACUCUUGGGUGAUGCGUGUAUUCUGGAGGG